AUGGGGUACAUGAGCAAGCCGAUGAUUCCGCAUUACUACAAGGCUCUCAUAGAAUCUAGAACGGAGAAGAACUCGUCCUUUCUCUGGUGGAGCAUCUUGACGUACUACUUUGAGCUUCAUAAUGGCUACGGCCAGAAGAUGAGCUUUAAGUACUGCGACGGUGAAUGGCAACCCUAUGUUGUCGUUAGUCGCCUUGAAUCCGGAGCAUUUAGCCCGGUCAUCCUCCUAGACUUCGAAAGGGAGAACCGUUUUGGAUUUGUCCCCCCAGUGGACGACCCGUGGAGAGAGGUGAAGGCGCGUCUCGAGGACUGCCUCGAUGACAUGCGUAUCGAGCGUGGAGACCAGACCACUCUCUACGCCAUUGGGACUGUCGGGUCUCACUCCCGUUUCUACUGCCUCAAGCCGAACGCCAAUAAACUGUCUAGCUACCCGGGGCUCGAGGAAAAGACAUUCGAAAUCAAAGAGGACGAGGAGCAAAUCGAACGGAUCGUGCUCCAGUUGAUUCGGGACAGCUCUCGCGAGGUCACUCUUUUCGGGAUCGCUGGCAACAAAAUCGCUCGACUCAUCGGGUCGAUGCGAUGCCAUCGCGAGGGCUAG